AAGGAAAAGUGCAAAUUUCCAUAGCAUAGGAGAUUGGAAGAUGGGAAGGAUGGAAGCAUUGACCAUAGAUUUAGAUUUAGAAGACUUUGAAAACUCCAAAACCGCCUCUUCUUCUCUCUUCUAUAUACAUUGAUUUCUAUUUUGAUUUCUUCUUCUUGUUCUUCAUCUUCCUCUCUCUUCCUAUUGUUGAUUUCAUCAAAGCCGCCCCAUCGGUUUCUCUUUUUCCUUCUUCAAACUUGACUUUUUCAUCCAAAAGAAACCAACCCAUAUAAGUUUUUGGCUCAAUUCUGCAUAAUUUACAGAUGAGAAUUCUUGGUGGGCAUGUGAUUGUUGUAAAUAUAGGAAACUAAGUACUUGAGAGGAAUUUUAGCAUCGUUGCAGCCUUCUAGAUUGGGGUUUUUUGUAUAGAUUUGAGGAUAAGUCCCAAGUAAAGAUCUUGGGGAGGGUUUAGAUUUUGGAAUCUCUCAGGUUUCUGGAGAUGGCUAGUGUUCAAGAUCAAUUGGAGGUCAAGUUUCGAUUGACUGAUGGAUCCGAUAUCGGUCCGAAAACCUUUCCAGCUGCUACAAGUGUUGCAACUUUGAAGGAAAGUGUUAUUGCUCAAUGGCCCAAAGAGAAGGAGAAUGGUCCAAGGACAGUGAAGGAUGUCAAAUUAAUUAAUGUAGGGAAAAUAUUGGAGAACAACAAAACACUGGGGGAGUGUCAGAGCCCUCUUUGUGAUGUUCCUGGUGGAGUAACGACUAUGCACGUUGUUGUUCAACAUCCUCCAUUGGAGAAAGAAAAGAAAAUAAUAAACGAACCGAAACAGAACAAAUGUGUUUGUGUCAUAUUAUAAUCCGCAGCUUGAAGAGGGGAUGACAUUAUUUUCAGGUGGCUUUUGUUGAUCAACAGUUCCUUUUCGCUCUACCCUAGUCCUUGGCUUUAAAUUAAGUCAUGUUGCUGCUCAUACUUUU